CCACCUCCUCCACCACAUACUCAGCGCCCCGCCGGCCAGGUCGCCAGCCCCAGCCCCCCAACGAUCGCGCGAUGGGCAACCUGUGCUGCACUUGUGUGGAUCAGUCGUCCAUUGAGGUCAUCGAGCAGUUUGGCAAGUUCUCCAGGAUUGCCUACCCAGGCUUCAACACCAUCUGGUGCUGCAUCGGCGAGCGCGUGGCCGGCGGGCUGAGCCUGCGUAUCCAGCAGUUGGAUGUCAGGUGUGAGACCAAGACCAAAGACAACGUGUUUGUGGAUGUGGUGGUGUCUGUGCAGUACCAGGUGGUGCGCGAGAGCCUGUACGAUGCCUUCUACAAGCUGACCGACUCGCGCAGCCAGAUCACCUCCUACGUCUUUGACGAGGUCCGCGCCACCGUGCCGCGCAUGGGGCUGGAUGACGUAUUCACAGCCAAGGAGGACAUUGCGCGGGCCGUGAAGGAGGAGCUGCAGAAGUCGAUGAGCAGCUUCGGCUUCCAGAUCAUCAACGUGUUGGUCACAGACAUCGAGCCCGCCGCCAAGGUGAAGGCCGCCAUGAACGAGAUCAACGCUGCGCAGCGCCUGCGCCUGGCCGCCUACGAGCAGAGCGAGGCGGACAAGGUGGAAGUGGCGGGUGCCGGAGCCGGAACCGGGGAGUGCAGGCUUGCAGCCGGCCAUCAAGACAGCCGUCCCGCGUGGCGUGCCAUCAUCUCCGGGCUGCGCGAGAGCGUGCAGAGCUUCCAGAGCGAGGUGACGGAUGUGAACAGUAAGGAGGUGAUGGACCUGCUGGUGCUGACACAGUACUUCGACGUGCUGCGCGACAUUGGCAUGACCGGCAAGAGCAACACCGUGUUCCUGGACCACACCCCCGCCGGCGUGGCCAACGUCUCCGGCCAGAUCCGCGCCGGCUUCAUGCAGGCCAAUGCGGCCGACACGCAGACCAUGCGUCGCUGAGCAGGGGCAGGUGGCGGCACCAGCGGGGCGACCCGACUGUCAGCUCAACCACGUUUUGCCCUACGCCUCUCGCUGUCUGUGGGGCACUUGGGGUCCAGUACGCGUUUUGUACUCGCAUUUAUCGAUCUCACAUGAUGCAGCGCCAACAAGGCGCGAUCUCCCUAGGGCUUUUGUUAGAGUAGAGGGCUUCCAGCCGCGGCUGAUGACAAUGACGAUCACCUGUCUGCCAGGGCCAACCUGGUCUGUAACCCGAAACCUAAUA